AGUGAGUGAUUGUAAGCUAUAGAUAACAACAUACACGCGGACGAACUAUGGUGCCAUAGAGUGGUUCCCUAGCUCUAUCGUUUACCUUACUAUAAUAAUUUGUUUACAAGUUUUGCGAACUUGCUUUGGAAGUGAAGAGUAGAAGGAAUGGUCAUGAAGCAAAGUGAUGCUCUCAAGAAAGGAAACGAACAAGACAAGUGAACUUUCAAUCACACAACGUGUCACAACAAUUAACAAUUUCACACACUUUCAAUUUACUCACAAGUCACCAACCUUUGUCCCAGGUUCACUCUACAAAAGCCCUCCCUUUAGCUUUCACAUACAUAAUAACCCUCAUGACUAUAUAUUAAACAUUAAUUCAGUGGUUACUUACCAAACCAAACCCACUUCAACAAAAGUGCAGUUAAAUUGAAGUUGCAUUGAUGAUGGAGGGAAAAGAUGAGGAUGUGAGAGUUGGAGCCAACAGGUAUGGAGAGAGGCAAGCAAUAGGAACAGCUGCACAGACACAAGAUAGCAGAGACUACAGAGAGGCACCACCAGCUCCAUUGUUUGAGGCUAAGGAGUUAACAUCAUGGUCUUUCUUCAGAGCAGGCAUAGCAGAAUUUGUGGCAACAUUCUUGUUUCUUUAUGUCACUGUUUUGACAGUUAUGGGUGUGGCAAAAUCUCCCAGCAAGUGCUCCACUGUGGGGGUCCAAGGCAUUGCUUGGUCUUUUGGUGGCAUGAUCUUUGCACUUGUCUAUUGCACUGCUGGUAUCUCAGGGGGUCACAUUAACCCAGCUGUGACAUUUGGGCUGUUCUUGGCACGCAAGUUAUCUCUCACUAGGACAGUCUUUUACAUAAUAAUGCAGUGCUUGGGAGCUAUAUGUGGUGCUGCUGUGGUCAAGGGAUUCCAAUCAAACCAAUAUGAGAGGCUUGGUGGUGCUGCCAACAUUCUCAAUAAAGGUUACUCCAAAGGUGAUGGCCUUGGAGCAGAGAUUGUUGGCACAUUUAUUCUUGUUUACACUGUUUUCUCUGCCACAGAUGCCAAGAGAAAUGCUAGAGACUCGCAUGUUCCUAUUUUGGCUCCAUUGCCUAUUGGUUUUGCUGUCUUUCUGGUGCAUUUGGCUACAAUUCCUAUCACUGGGACUGGCAUCAACCCUGCUAGAAGUUUAGGUGCAGCCCUUGUAUACAACAAGGACCAAGCUUGGGAUAACCAUUGGAUCUUCUGGGUAGGGCCUUUUAUUGGGGCAGCCCUUGCAGCUUUGUAUCAUCAGAUAGUGAUCAGGGCCAUUCCUUUCAAGUCAAAAUGAUGCAAAAUUGAAGCAAAGCCUGAUAUGAAGUGUCUGGUUUAGCUUAAAACUGGGCACUCACAACAAAAAUGCUCCUAUUUCUGCCUAUAAAUUUUCUACCUAUCUUAUUAAUUUAUAUAUUUUGUCGGUCCAAAACUUACGUCACUUGGACAUGCAAUUAAACAUUCAAACUUAUGGAAAAUGUGGCUGGUGUGGUUUAUUUCGUUUCUACUUGUGAUGUCUAAUAUCUUCAUGCACAUAUCAAAGACUGUUGGGUUAAACAUGCACGAGUGUAUGUACAUUGUAAAAUAAGUUUUGUCUAUAAGUUUAUGGCAUAGUAUUGAAUAAUUACUAGUUAUCUAUUUGCUUUAUA